UAGGUAAAAUGAGUCGCGGCAUCCAUAUGGGACACGCACACCUCCCAUCUUCCACGUUUACGUCAAAUCAUUCCAAGCAGCGGAUGUUAUAGGAAAAGUGGGGCUACUGGAGAGCCACAAACGUCAACGUAUGAGCUAGAAACCCUUGAAAAGUUCUUCAGCCUGACAUUUACUGUAACACCAGGGAUCCAGAAGAUUGGUUUUCUAGCUGUUUUGGUGUUUGGUGCAACAAGAGGCUUGAUUUGUUGGAUCUACCUUGAACUGACAGGUAGUGCGAGCGGAGCUCCCUUGUCUGGCCCUCUUUCCAAAGAACCAACAUGUCCAGUGACCCCCCUCCUCCCUACCCAGGGGGCCCCAGUGCCCCUCUUCUCGAGGAGAAAAAUGGACAACCUCCUGUUUCAGCUGCAGUAGUGACAGGACCUCCACAGAGACAGCCCCUACCUCCAGAAUAUGGACCUCCACCUUAUGAAGCCACACUACAACCUGGCUUUGUUCCUCCACAUGUCCCAGGUGAAGGUGCAAUGCCUAAGCCUAUGGCUAUGUCUCAUCCACAUGGUGGUUAUUACCCUCCCUAUGGGCACUAUCCUCAUCCAAUGGCGGAGCACUACGCUCCAGGGCCCAGUCACUUUGCUCCUGGCCACACAGCCACUGUUAUCACCCCUCCUGGUGCAGCCACUACUGUGACUGUUCUACAGGGGGAGAUGUUCCAGUCAGCUCCAGUGCAAAUGGUGUGUCCACACUGCCAGCAACCCAUCAUCACAUGCAUCAGCCACGACAUCGGCCUCAUGAAUACCCUCUUCUGUCUCUUCUGCUUCUUUGUCGGUUGCGAUCUAGGCUGUUGCUUGAUCCCCUGUAUGAUUGACGACCUCAAGGAUGUGACACAUACUUGCCCGAACUGCAAGGGCUAUAUUUACACAUACAAGCGCAUAUGCUAACAGUUUAUCCAAUACUCAACAAUCAGGCUGUGACCUCACUCUAGUGGGUGUUGAUGACCCUUUCAUUUCCAUCUGCUCUGUGUUAAUUUUGCCCAUAGUUUUAGCCAGCUCUGAUUUUAUAUAACUAUUGAUUCUAACACUUAAUGUACAGAGAACAUGAUAUAAUUACUGACAACUCUAAAUGAAGCAUAGAAGACAAGCAGUGAUUGAAGAAGGCAUUACGAAUCAGUACAUUUUAUUUGCACAAUGGUCUGGGUUACAGGGGCUUUUUUUUUUUUAUUAAGCCAAGUGAAUCAGUUUAGAAAAAUAUGUGAACAUCGUAACUGUGACAAGCUCACGUGAACAAUUCAGCUAAAUGAAAACUAAAUGAAGUUCACUUCAGGGUCAGUAAUGUUUGAAUUGUAGGAGAUAUAUUAUUUUAUGCAUUGUUAUUUUAACAUAUUAAAAUGGAAGUCUUUGAUGGCUGAGUCUGGGAAUAACGCUGUAAAAUCCUGGAGUAAUGUUGUUGAUUUUACAUGCGAUAAUCUUUCUCUAUAUUUGGCAUCUUAUGCAAAUGUUAUGGAGGAAACUUUCUUUCACUUUUGUAUUUGGUUAAUAUAUUUGUUGGCGAGGAUUGUUACAAAUUGUUGUGUAGAUUUGUGUAAUUUUAGAUGAAGGGUUUCUUUUGCUAAGGGAUGUGAAUAUCCAUCUCACCCUUCUUGUAAUAAUUAACAGAUAUUAGAUAGGUUUCAUAAAGCUCAUGGUGUAAUAACACCAUGCAGUUCAUGUUAGGGUCAUAUUUGUGAAAUUUGACCAAUACACUUACUUUCUUUUUUGAACUUUGAAUCAGAAUGAUAGCAAAGGUGCAUCUUGAACCACCAUACUAAAUGUUUUGUGAUGUCAGUAAACUACAUGAAAACUGUUUGAGACUAUAUAAACUGAUAUCUAGUGUCCAGUCAAGUUACCAGUACUAAAAUAAAAUUGGUGUUAAAACAUGUCUAAAAUUAACAUUUUCAAGAUUCGUUUGUCACUGAAGACUCUUUAAUUUGUCUUUUAAUUAUCUUUUACUUGUACAUAGUAAAGGUGCUUUCUUCAAAGGAGGAGGAUAUUUCUGGUCAGGCUGUUCAAAGCUACUUUGCUGUUGGAAUUCACCAGCAUGAUGAAUCACGCUGCAUGACAUCACUGUAAUCUUGCACAGAGCUCUGUUGGGCCAUAUGUCUCACUCAGUUCUCUGAGCUCAGCGUGCCACACUGGGCUUCAUAAUUCAGAGCAGAUUAACCGUUCGCUUACUAAUAUUGUAUGCAACAGGAUUUAGGGGGUGAUUGUCCUGUUCUUUCCUUUUUUGUGUGUGUGUGAAAUUGUAAUGUCUCUAGAGAGAUUGUUUAAUUUUCUUUGUCAUCUCUAACUAUGAAUUGUUUCUUUUGUUAAAUUGUUUGGAUCACCCUAAAACUUAAAUGACCGAGCGUGGUCAGUGCCAUCAGCACUUGGCUUAGAAUAACUGUUCUGAUUGCAAAAUACCAUUUGUAAACAUUACAGAUCAUUCUGUUCGGUCCUGAUGUAAUUUACUGUUGAGAAGUUACAGAAAUCCAAGAUACCAUCAUCAGCAGUGCUUAGACACAAUAUCUGAAUAUGGCAUUAAUUUAUGCCAUUUUUGUAAGAUGAUGUUGCAGAUAUUCUAUAAUGUUUCUCUGGUAGACAAUCCGGCAACAUUAUAGUUGUUUAAGCGUCAAACUUUCCGUCUUUCCAUUGUAGUAUUCAUCGUAAAUUAAACAAUUGUAGCGCUCUCUCUGUAAAUGUGCAUAUAAACCUACUGUCUUGUUAUAUAUGGUUAUUUUCUCCAGAUCUAUAAUUUAACUCUUUUCAUAGUAUUUGCACCUCUGCCAUAAUAUGCAUACCCAGGCAUUACAAAAAUAACUUGCUAACUUGUUAGGGCUUGGUUUCAAUGUAUCCAGUACUUGGGAAUCCAAAUCUCCUAUUUGUUUGAUUGAAAAAUUACCUCAUCCAACCCCAUUUCAUCUCAUCCUGUGAGCCACAACCUGUAUGUAAUAAAGGAUACCUCUUUGUCAUCUACACAUAACUUAUUGGAUGUCUAUUUGAAUAUUGAGAAUAAUCUCCUGGCAAUAUGUAUGCAUGUUCAUGGGGUAUACUUGCACAACCCAGGCUGGCUCCCUUUAAUCUAUUAAGCUCUUGACUUCAUAGGUCUGCAGGUAAAUGCUUUAUGAAGUGACUUGAUGCUGUGCCAGACAGAGUAGACGUUAAGUUGUGUUACAGGAAUGCAGAAACUGUAGAUACAUGCCUUGAGAAUAGUCUGUGGCACAACACAUGAUGCCAUGCUAAACUGAAGUCUCAAAUGUGUAUGUUAAUCAAAACAUAUGGACUUGUGAUUAUUUGAACAAAUAAAAAGGAAAAACCGUA